AUGACGUUACGUCGGAGACGAUGGUGGUUGUUGGCUCUCCACCUCUUAAAAGUCAAAAGACACAAAUCGUUCGAGUCUUUAACGCCCUCCUCCUCCUCCCACUUCGAUAAAUUACCCGACGAACUCUUAGUAGAAAUUCUCCAAAGACUCCCUCUCAAACUCAUUCAUCUCUGCAAGUGCGUCUCGAAACGCCUGUAUGGUUUCAUCUCCGCUCCUCACUUUGCACGAUGCUAUGUGCACAAUUGCUCAUCUUUGGUGCCUCCUUUUGCCUUCUUCUGCCCGAUGAAUAUUAGAGGUGCAGUCAAAUUGACAUCCGAAUCACUCAUAUUUGAAUGUCUGUAUUUUUCUCUAAACUUCCUUCCCUCUAAUGGCUUUGGAAUUCGUUACUUAGCAUCGAGCAAUGGAUUAGUAUUAUGCUCUAAAUCUCAGUACUAUGUAUGCAACCCCCUCACAAAGCAUUGGGUUGAGCUUCCUCCACCACCCACUAGGCAAGAAUAUUCGGUUCUCUUUGGAUUUGUUUGCAAACCAUCUCAUUCUUUUGAUUGCACCAGUAGCUUCAGAGUGGUUCGAAUCCACAAAAGACAAAUCCAAGACACUACUAAUCUUGAAUUGGAGAUAUUCUCUUCAGACUCAUGGAAAUGGACACAAACCAUUGUAUCGACUGGGGAACAGAAACCAUCAUACUUUUCUACUGUUGUUUCUUGCGACGGAAUACUCUACUGGACGUACGGUGCCAAUAUUUUCGCCUAUGAUCCAUUCAGCAACACUGAUCAAUUUCGUAUCAUAACAAAGCCCAAGGACAAGUAUCCCGAUGUCACAGAUAGCAGACAUAGCUUAGGAGAGCGACAUGGCAUCCUUAGCUUCAUUCAAUAUUAUGAUUCCACCCUCAGCAUUUGGGAACUCAAGGACUACAAUGGGCUUGAUUGGUCCUUGGUGCACAAGGUUGAUCUGAACACUAUGAAAUUGGAUCAUUGA